AUGUCUGCCAUAGCAAAUUCAGCCGGAUUCUAUUGGCAAUCGUCUUCACCUUUUGAUAGAUCUAGGUUACACAGUUCUCCUGUCCCAGUUCAUGCGAUCUCACAGAAUUCCGAUAUACUUUUUGGUUCAUAUGACUGUCCACGUUUAAAAAUAUUACAAAAAAUGCAAACAUAUAUGACUUAUUCAACAAAAUUUGAAAAUCAACAUAAAAAAUUGUUUCAAAUUCUUAGAAAUAAUACUGGUUUGUCAAUUAAUAAAUUAACUAUUGAACAAAUUGCUAAUUUUCUUAAAUCUAUCAAAAAUUACAAUGUUACAUUACCUUCAUGGUGUACAAAAGAACUUUUAAAUGAAUUAUUUGAAGUUGCAGACUAUUAUUGGAUGAAAAAGAAAAAAAGAAAAAAAAGAAAAUUCAUAAACAAUUAA